CUCGAAUCGAUUCGCCUGAUACCAAUAGAAUUGGGACUCAAAGAUAGUGUACUGAAGCUACCUUUGACAUUCCUGGAGUUAGUUUGAGAUUACCUCGUCUAUUCCACACGGCAUCUAUCCAAGACUAGCUCAAGUCCUUAAAAGCUGUGUCCCUAGUAAUCGAUUGAGUGACUUCCAACAAACGCUCAUUAUCUGGUCGCAUACUCUACCUUCAAGAUGGACAAUUUCCUCUCCCGCAUGCUUUUAUUUCCUCCUCAUCCAGCGCCCUUGGUACCUCUCACGGAUUUGCAAUAUGAUACUGGCAUCACAUCACAAAUCGACAGUUUAAAGAAGACCUCCGAGAAGACAUUGUUACAGCCGACUGCAGGUGAUGAAAGUCCUUUGGAUGUGAUCAACCCCUCAUUAAAUACAGUACCAUACAUCUACAUUCUAAGAGCCCACAUCGCUGCAGCCCAUAGAGGCGAGAAGGGAGUCAACGUCAAUGACUUAUGGGAAAAGGCGACAGCCUUUUUACAUAGUUUCGACAAAAGGCAGAUCCGAUACCUUGGCAAAGAGAUACAAGAUGUCAUGGAAUUUGUAGCGCAAAUUGCUUCGGAACAACGUCAGCCAGGUGCUGCCAUUCCCCCAAUUAGAGAAGCCAUACUUCGAAUCGACCCCUCAGGAUCGGUCCUUACCUCAAACCAUAUAUAUCUUGUCCGGUUGGCUCUCCAAACACGUUACUUCGCUGCCAUUACAGAACUUAUUGACAAACCUAUCCUUUAUAUACCUGCCAAGCAACCAGUUUCAUACACACGUUAUCUUUGCGAAGUCGACCUACCGGCACAAUCCUAUGUGACGAUCAAAUCGAACUUUUCCACCAAACUAAAUCCUCUCGAGAUACUAGAGUAUUUCUAUUACAGUGGAUCAAUCUAUAUUGGUUUACGGAGAUGGGACGCUGCAUUGGAGAUGUUGGAGAAUGCUAUAAUAUAUCCAUCAAAUGAUAAUAGCGUGAGCCUUGUCAUGGUCGAGGCAUACAAAAAAUGGUUACUCGUUGGACUUCUUCAAUAUGGAAAGGUCCUUCAACUUCCAAAGACCACUUCCCCGGCCGCCGCUAAAGCAUUCCACAUUAUUGCAAAACCAUACGAAGCUAUUGCCGGUAUCUUUGAAACUGGAUCAGCGGCACGAUUAAAGAGCGAGGCCGAAUUCGGUCGACAGAUAUGGUCUGACGAUGCUAAUUUCGGGUUAAUUUGCUGUGUUCUGGCUGCUUAUCAAAAGUUUCAGAUCCGCAAUCUUGCCAACGUCUAUUCGAAAAUUGGAGCUGCGGAUAUCAUGGGUCUUACGAUGAGCGCAGAAACUGGUGCAAAGUUAACUUCAAUCAAACAGAUUGAAGAUCUUGUACAGAGCAUGAUCGCCGAAGGCACUUUACCUGCAACUAUGAUUCGAGAUCAAUCUGGCCAUGCAGUUGUUACGUUCUCGCCAACCGGUCCAGUCCUUUCGGAAACCCAAGUUCAAAAUGAUUUAGUGGCAUCGACUCGACGUAUCCAAUCAUUAGCCAAACAAAUCAAAGUUACGGAUAGAGUUUUGACACAUGACAAGCGAUAUAUUGAUAGUGCUCAGAAGGCCCAGUUGAAGCUGAAAAAUGCUGCCAACGCUGGUGGAACAGCAGAGCCCUUAGACUGGAACUCUAUAAUUGAGGACGAGGACAUAAUGAUGGAGACAUAGUUAGUUUAAUUCAGGUGUAGCGGGAAUAUUUAGUGGUUCAUGAUGAAGUGGGCAUUGGUUUCUUUCUCUAGGAAGAUGUGGUAUGGAUCAAUCGCAAAAAGCGAUGUUUGCUCUGGGCAAUGAACGGGUUGUAAUACACAGUAAAGUCUUUCGAAGAAAUCGGAAGCAGUGGCGUAUGGGCAGGUGGCGUAUUAUGAAGAUAUGAUAGGAAUGAAUCUAUGAAGUAGAGAAAAUGAAUCUAUGAAUCCUAAAC